AAAAAACACCAACACAUCCACAGUAAAGAAAAACCAUAUGAGUGUGACCAGUGUGGAAAGACUUUCACCACAGCAAAUUACCUAAAAAAACACCAACACAUCCACACUGCAGAAAAACCAUAUGAGUGUAACCAGUGUGAGAAGACUUUCACCACAGCAAGUUACCUAAAAAAACACCAACACAUCCACACUGGAGAGAGACCAUAUGAGUGUGACCAGUGUGGAAAGGCUUUUGCCAGAGCAGAUAGCCUAAAAUUGCACCAUCGCAUCCACACUGGAGAAAGACCACAUGAAUGUGAUAAGUGUGGAAAUGCUUUCACCACAGCAAGUGACCUUAAAAUCCACCAACGCAGCCACACUGGAGAAAGACCAUAUGAGUGUGACCAGUGUGGAAAUGCUUUCACCACAGCAGGUCACUUAAAAAUCCAUCAUCGCAUCCACACUGGAGAAAGACCAUAUGAGUGUGACCAGUGUGGCAAUGCUUUCACCACAACAACUCAUUUAAAAAUCCACCAACGCAUCCACACUGGAGAAAGACCAUAUGAGUGUGACCAGUGUGGAAAUGCUUUCACCAGAGCAAGUGACCUUAAAAUGCACAAACGCAUCCACACUGGAGAAAGACCAUAUGAGUGUGACCAGUGCGGAAAGAGUUUCACCCAAAUGAAUGGGCUUAAAUGUCACCAACGCAUUCACACUGGAGAAAGACCAUAUGAGUGCGACCAGUGUGGGAAGAGUUUCAUUGUAGCAAAAGAAUUAAAAAUCCACCAACGCAUCCACACUGGAGAAAGACCUUAUGCCUGUGACCAAUGUGGAAAGAGUUUCACCCAAAUGACUGGGCUUAAAUUCCACCAACGUAUCCACACUGGAGAAAAACCAUAUAACUGUGACCAGUGUGGAAAUGCUUUCACCACAGCAAGUCACCUAAAAAACCACCAACGCAUCCACACAGGAGAAAGACCAUACGCCUGUGACCAGUGCGAAAAGAUUUUCACUCAAAUGAAUGUGCUUAAACUCCACCAACGCAUCCACACUGGAGAAAGACCAUAUAAGUGUGACCAGUGUGGAAAGACUUUCACCAGAGCAAGUGACCUAAAACUCCACCAACGGGCACACACUGGAGAAAGACCCUACCAGUGCAGAUUCUGUGACAGCUCUUUUAUCACAGUUUCAAAAUGUACUAAACAUGAACGUGUCAAACAUUCCCACAAAGGACAAAAGCUGAACAGUCGUACAAAAAGGGUAGCGAAGAAGGCCAGCAUGUUGGGCAGCACCCCCCUGACAGACGACAGAGGUGGUGGUGGGUGGAACUCCAUCUGCUCCUUCAAGAGCCUCCACUCCACGAGGCAGGAGGCUGCUCCCAAAACUUCUGCCAGCCCUCCAGCACAACCCCACCAGGCUCUGAGGCAGCAGAGCUCUCCUCCAGGGAUGAGGGUCUGGGCCGGCCCUCAGUGUCCUGACUCCCAGCUGGAGACACACCUACGCAUCCACAGUGGAGAAAGACCAUAUGAGUGUGAACAGUGUGGGAAGACUUACACCUACAGUAAUUUGCUUAAGGCUCACCUACGAAUCCACAGUGGAGAAAGACCAUAUGACUGUGAACAGUGUGGGAAGACUUUCACCCAGAUGAAUCACCUUAAGUCACACACACGUACCCACAGUGGACAAAGACCUUAUCACUGUGAACAGUGUGGGAAGACUUUCACCCACAUGCAUCACUUUAAGACACACCUACGCAUCCACAGUGAGGAAACACCAUAUGAGUGUGACCAAUGUGGGAAGACUUUCACCCAGAUGAGUAACCUUAAGACACACCAACACAUCCACAGUGGAGAAAGACCAUUUGAGUGUGACCAGUGUGGGAAGACUUUCACCCAGAUGAGUCACCUUAAGAUACACCUACGCAUCCACAGUGGAGAAAGACCAUAUUAUUGCGCACAGUGUGGGAAGACUUUCACCCAGAUAAGUCAUCUUAAGAUACACCUACGCAUCCACAGUGGAGAAAGACCAUAUGAGUGUGGCCAGUGUGGGAAGACUUUCACCCACAGUCAUUUGCUUAAGGAUCACCUACGCAUCCACCGUGGAGAAAGACCAUAUCACUGUGAACAGUGUGGGAAGACAUUCACCCAGAUGAGUAACCUUAAGUCACACCUACGCAUCCACAGUGGAAAAAGACCAUAUGAGUGUGAACAGUGUGGGAAGACUUUCAUUAGAAAGGCAGAGCUUAAAAUCCACCAACGCAUCCACACUGGAGAAAGACCAUAUCACUGUGAACAGUGUGGGAAGACUUACACCCAUAUGCAUCACCUUAAGACACACCUACGCAUCCACAGUGAAGAAACACCAUUUGAGUAUGAGCAGUGUGGGAAGACUUUCAUCAGAAAGGUGGAGCUGAAAAUCCACCAAAGCAUCCACAUUGGAGAAAGACCAUGUGAGUGUGAACAGUGUGGGAAGACUUUCACUGAGAUGAGUAGCCUUAAGUCACACCUAUGCACCCACAGUGGAGAAAAACCAUAUGACUGUAACCAGUGUGGGAAGACUUUCACCCACAUGUCUAUCCUUAAGUCACACCUACGCACCCACAGUGGACAAUGACCAUGUGACUGUGAACAGUGCGGGAAGGCUUUCACCCAUUUGAGUGCUCUUAAGAUAGAUCUACGCAUCCAUGGUGGAGAAAGAUCGUAUGACUGUGAACAGUGUGGGAAGACUUUCACCCAUUUGAGUGCUCUUAAGAUACAUCUAUGUAGCCAUGGUGGAGAAAGACCAUAUCACUGUGAACAGUGUGAGAAGACUUUCACCCACAUAUAUUCACUUCAGAGACACAUAUGCAUCCACAGUGGACAAAGACCAUAUUACUGUGAACAGUGCAGGAAAACUUUCGUCCAGAUGAGUAACCUAAAGACACACCUACGCAUCCACAGUGGAGAAAGACCAUAUCACUAUGACCAGUGUGGGAAAACUUACACCCAUAUAAAUGGACUUAAGGCACACUUACGCAUCCACAGAGGAGAAACACACCCAAACAGUUUGGGUGUUACCAGUGUGAACAAAGAUUCUUGCCACACUCUGCUCUCUCCUACCAUCAACACAGAUGUGAAUUGUCGUCUGGACCAAACAGUACCUCAGCAUCAGAUGACAACAAGAAAUGCAGUGUCUGAACCAGCAGCACUGACUUCUUCUGACAAGAACAUCAGACUUAAAAACCUCCAGAUCUGGCUCCAUAGAGUCCAGCUGUAAGGCACACCUAUGCACCCACAGAGGAGAAAAACCAUAAGACUAUGAUCGGUGUGGGAAAGCUUCCUGAGCCUUGUCUGCAUGAUGUUCUCACUGUCACAUUCACCACAAGAAGUUGUUGUACCCAUGUGAUAAGUGCACCAAGAUCCUCUGGUCGUCCAACUUUUACAAGUGUCACCAACAGACUCAUACUGGACAGAAACCUUACCAGUGCAGAUUUUAUGACAGAUCUUUUAUCACAGGUUCAUAAUGUACCAAAGAAGAAUGUGCCAAAACUUUCCACAAAGGAUACAAACUGAACAUACUGCUACUGAUUGACUUUGUGGACAUUUAAUCAGUCACUUGUUGUGAUUCUGUUGCUGGUUGGGGUUCUCACCUGUUCAUUGUUCACAAAUGAAACCAGUUACUCCUGUAAUAAUUUUCCACAAUAGUUCUGUGCAGUUUAAGUUCAAGAAAGGCAACACCGCCACAGUUAUAAAAUGAGAGAAAGCAAAGUAUUGCAGACUGCCUUUCUUUUUUCCAAAUGUUACUUUUUAUUAUGUGUAUCCAACAUACCGUGGUGAGUUUUUUAUACUACUUUUUCCAAAAUUACGUUUUUAUGCAUGUAAAGCUUGGGACUUGGAGAUUUUAGGCAUUUGAUCCGUUACCACGAAUUUUGUGUUUUUGUUGUUUUUUUGAUGGUUUUACUUUGAACUGGAUAAUGAAAAUUAAAGAAAGUAAAGAUAUUUAUACCUACUUUAAGGUACCUUUUACAAAAUGUUUGUAAAUUAUAGAUAACUAUUUGAACUUUGCAUGUCUUUUUCUUUGAUCCAUUACCAACAACUCUCUUACUUGCACUAAAUAUUCUAAUAAUCCAUCCUGAGCACAUGGUUCCAUAACAUUGAAGUUUACCAAGUGUACACAAAUAUGAAUUAACAUCAACUUAUGUAUUAAUGAAGAACAGGGUGGGUCAGAAUUACUCACAUUUAUUCCCUUUUUAGAUUCUAUUAGGUAUAUGGAACAAACAAUGGGCACCUGUCCAACAGAAAUUUGGUUCCAGUGAAUUAACUAGCAUUUUUUUAAUCCAGUUUCCUUCAGAUCAUCCUCACAAGAAUACCUAUGUGAUUUCAUGACUUAUAGGUACCUAUAGGAAGUAGUGGUUUUCUUCUGCUGCCAUGCAGAGUGGUGGCUUCCUCACACUCCUACCAAAUGAGGUAGAGAAUUGGGUGGAGGCUUCUGUGUCUGACUUUAUCUGAUGGACUGAGUGUUUGAGUUCCCUCCUGAGGAGAUGAUCAGUGAGACUGAAGUUCCAGCAGAAUGCACAAACUGUCAUCUUUUGUUAGCAAUGAGAAAAGAAUAACACUAAGGUACUCAA